AAGCGGAAAAGGAAAAAUCACCAUCUCCUGAAAUACAGAAAGAAAAAUCGCCAACUCCAGAAAUACAAAAAGAAAAAUCGCCAACACCAGAAAUACAAAAAGAAAAAUCACCUUCGUUAGAGGCGGAAAAGGAAAAAUCACCAUCACCUGAAGUGCAGAAAGACAAAUCGCCAACACCAGAAAUACACAAAGAAAAAUCACCUUCGAUAGAAGCGGAAAAGGAAAAAUCACCAUCGCCUGAAGUACAAAAAGAAAAAUCUCCAACACCUGAAAUACAAAAAGAAAAAUCACCUUCGUUAGAAGCGGGAAAGGAAAAAUCACCAUCGCCUGAAGUACAAAAAGAAAAAUCGCCAACACCGGAAAUACAAAAAGAAAAAUCACCAUCGUUAGAAGCCGAUAAAGAAAAAUCACCAUCUCCUGAAAUACAGAAAGAAAAAUCACCAACUCCGGAAAUACAAAAAGAAAAAUCACCUUCAUUAGAGGCGAAAAAGGAAAAAUCUCCAUCGCCUGAAGUACAAAAAGAAAAAUCGCCAACACCAGAUAUACAAAAAGAAAAAUCACCGUCGUUAGAGGCCGAUAAAGAAAAAUCACCAUCUCCUGAAAUACAGAAAGAAAAAUCGCCAACUCCAGAAAUACAAAAAGAAAAAUCACCGUCGUUAGAGGCGGAGAAGGAAAAAUCACCAUCACCUGAAGUACAAAAAGAAAAAUCGCCAACACCGGAAAUACAAAAGGAAAAGUCACCUUCGUUAGAAUCGGAAAAGGAAAAAUCGACAUCACCUGAUAUAGAAAAAGAAAAAUCUCCAAUACUAGAAACGGAGAAGCAAAAGUCUGCUACGCCAGAGGCACUAAAAGAGAAGUCAAGUUCUCCAGAAUUGGAAAAAGAAAAGUCACUUUCCCCGGAAUUGGAAAAGGAAAAAUCUCCAGUCUCGGACAAGGAGAAACAAAAAUCUCCUACGCCAGAAUUCCAAAAAGAAAAGUCAGCUUCUCCAGAUAUAGAGAAGGAGAAGUCUCCAGUGUUAGAAGCAGAGAAACAAAAAUCACCUACACCAGAGAUUCAAAAAGAAAAAUCUCCAGUAGCAGAAACAGAAAAACAGAAAUCUCCUACUCCAGAAGCGCAAAAAGAAAAAGAGCCUUCACCAGAAUUAGAAGAAGAAACGUCUCUUAAAUCAGAGAAAGAUAAGGAAAAGUCACCGACGCCAGAGGCUCUAAAGGAGAAAUCACUUUCCCCAGAAUUAGAAAAAGAAAAAUCUCUUACGCCAGAACCAGAAAAAGAAAAAGACAAAGCGCCGUCGCCAGAAAAAGAAAAAGAAAAAUCUCCAGUGGCAGUGACUGAGAAACAAAAGUCUCCUACGCCAGAGGCAGAAAAAGAAAAAUCUCCACCAGCAGAAAUACAAAAAGACAAAUCAAUUUCACCACAAAUAGAAAAGGAAAAAUCUCCUGCCUUAGAGGAAGAGAAGCAAAAGUCUCCUACACCGGAAGCACCAAAAGAAAAAUCACUUUCCCCAGAAUUAGAAAAAGAAAAAUCUCCAGUACCAAAGACGGAGAAAGAAAAGUCUCUUACACCAGAACCAGAUAAAGAAAAAGAAAAAUCUCCGGUAUCAGAGACGGAGAAAGAAAAGUCUUUGACGCCAGAACCACAAAAAGAAAAAUCGCCUUCACCAGAGAAAGAAACAGAAAAAGAAAAAUCUCCAGUAGCAGUAACGGAAAAGCAAAAGUCUCCUACCGCAGAGACAGAAAAAGAAAAAUCACCACUAGCAGAAAUACAAAAAGACAAAUCAAUUUCACCACAAAUAGAAAAGGAAAAAUCUCCUGCAUUAGAGGGAGAGAAGCAAAAGUCUCCUGUACCAGAAGCACCAAAAGAAAAAUCACUUUCUCCAGAAUUGGAAAAAGAAAAGUCUCCUGCACCAGAGACUGGAAAAGAAAAAUCUGCAUCACCAAUAAUAGAAAAGGAAAAGUCUCCAGAAUUAGUAACAGAAUCACAGAAGUCUCUUUCACCAGAAAAAGAUAAAGAAAAAUCACUUUCACCACAGAUAGAAAAGGAAAAAUCUCCGAUAGUGGAAACUGAAAAAGAGAAAUCGCCAACACCUGAAAAAGAAAAAGAAAAAUCUCCUUCGCCAGUUCUAGAGAAGGAAAAAUCUCCAGCAGUAGAAGCGGAUAAACAGAAAUCGCUUUCACCUGUAUCAGAGAAAGAAAAAUCACUUGUAGCUGAAACAGAAAAAGAAAAGUCUCCUUCGCCAGUAUCAGAGAAGGAAAAAUCUCCAGCAGCAGAAACAGAUAAACAGAAAUCGCCUUCACCCGUAUCAGAAAAAGAAAAAUCACCUGCAGCUGAAUCAGAAAAACAAAAAUCUCCUUCACCAGUAUCAGAAAAAGAAAAAUCUUCAGCAGCAGAAGUGGAUAAACAGAAGUCGCCUUCACCUGUAUUAGAAA